AUGAAGAAAAUAUUCCACUCCGAUAUUCAUGCCAUCAAGACUGUUGACAACCCCGAGUGCAUCUACAGGGCCCUCAAAGGCUCCAGGGCUCUGGUAACAUAUAACCAGCUAAUGAAGCACUACGAGGAUGGCAAAAGAGACAUAGGCGCCGUCCUCAUAACACCAAAGGAUGAUGUCCUGUUUCUGCACCUCCCGUUGUUCUGUAGGCACUUUGGGAUAGAUUUGUAUGCUCUUCCUGCUGGUGCAGAAAGAGAGCUUUCUUCUAUAUUCAACAUGAAGUAUGUCAACAUCGUGAGUCUGUACAAGGAUGACGAGUCUUACAAAAAGCUCAAGUCAAUGGGCUUGUGA